UCGAUAGAUGCUGUGGAUAAAUUGUUAAAAUUUUGUUAAAUUGAUAAACAAAAGUGUGAUAAAUUAAAGGAUGAUAACUGAUAAUGAUUUGUAUUUCAUAUCGAUUUAGAGUAUUGGUAGAGCAGACGUCACACGGAGGAUUUCCUAGCUGCACCAAUGGAUGAUCAUGAUGCUGAAGAGAAUGGCAUUUCAAAUAAUCUGCCACCAGAAGCCAAUGGCACAGGGGCUCUGGAAACACCCCAACCUCCAGGAGCUGAUGCAGCAGAAAAAGACUUCAAGAAGGAGCCGCUGUGCACAGUGAUGGAGAUCUCUGUGUCCGAGUCAGAGCGGCGCUACAACGGCUCGAUGAAUCUGACCGAGUACUACACGGCCUACCUGAUCGAGACGCGCGUCACCGAGCCGACGUUCGGCGGCGCGCUGAGCCGCCAGGGCGCGCUGUGGCGGCGCUACAGCGAGUUCGAGACGCUGGCCGGCUACCUGGGCGAGGCCUACCCGUACGUGGUGACGCCGCCGCUGCCCGAGAAGCGCGCCUCGCACGUCUGGCAGAAGCUAGCCACGGACCCGUUCGACUCCGAGUUCAUAGACCGGCGCCGUGUUGGACUGGAGAGCUUCUUGCUGCGUGUAGCUUCACAUCCGAUCCUGUCUUGGGACUCGAUUUUUCUACGUUUCAUCCAGGAUGAAAGGGACUGGAAGGAAAUCGUCACUGGCACAGGCUACCUGGAAAAGGUGGAGCGCCAGCUGAAGUCGCUGAACGCAACCAUUCGCGUCAAGAAGGGCGACAGCCGGUUCGACGAGCUGCUCACUUACGGACGGGAGCUGGAGACCCACCUAUCGAGCGUGCUGCGCUCGCGCGCGCGUCUGACGGACGCCACGUACGCGGUGCGCCGUCAGCACGCCAGCUACGGACGCGUGCUCAGCCAGUGGUCGGCCGUGGAGACCCAGAUGGGCGACGGGCUGCAGCGGGCCGGCCACUACAUGGACGCGCACGCCGCCAGCAUUGACACCUUCGUCGAGGAGGAGGAGGUGUACAUUGACCAGCUGAAGGAGUACAUGUACUACGCAGCGGCGCUGCAAGCCGUCUGCCACAAGUACACGAUGCGGCAGUACCAGCUGGAACGGCUGGACGAUACGCUCUCGCAGCUGUCGCAGCGCCGGGAGAACGCACUGCAGGGUAAGCCCAGUCUGAUGUGGCGGCUGCUGGGCAGUGUUGAUACGGACGAGGUGCGUGAGAUGAAGGUGGCGGACAUCGACCAGCAGGUGACCGACACCGAGCAGCAGAUCCGGCAGCACACCGAGCAGCUCAGUGAGUUUGUGGAGAAGGCUCUGGAGGACGUCCAGCGGUUUCAUUCCCGAAAAGUUAAAGAUCUCCGAGAGACUAUUGUCAACUACAUGAAGCUGCAGAUUCGUAUCUGCAAAAAGGGUCUGCAGACGUGGCGACACUUCCGCGACUGCGUGGACAGCCUGGAGGGCCAGCCGCCGCCCGUGCCGCCGCCGCAGGAGAUCGGGUCGCCCUAGACACUCCCGUGACCCGCUGCUUUUGGAGGACCUGCUGGUCGGCAUCGCUGGCCUGCAGUUUGACAAUGGAUCACCAAGUCCCAAAUGGAUGCUGACGGAAAGGAUCGAUGCGUAGAGCAGCUCUGACGGCCGCGAAUGUGUUGGGUGCCGCUGCUGAGGUGCUUGAGGUGAGGGUGAAGCUUUGGAAGGAAUAU